GCAUUAUCCAGCACUGAAAACUCUGGAACAUCUUGAACAUACCUAUCUGCCUCAAGUAAGCCACUAUCGAUUCUGCAAGGUGAUGCUGGACAACAUCCCCAAGCUUCGAGAAGAAAUAAAGGAUGUUUCUAUGUCUGAUCUCAAAGACUUUCUGGAGAGCAUCCGCAAGCAUUCGGACAAAAUUGGAGAGACUGCCAUGAAGCAAGGUGCCCGAGAAACAUUUGAGAACUAUUACCGAAAACAGAGGCGGAAACAGGCUCGUUUGGUACUCCAGCCUCCAUCUAACAUGCAUGAAACUUUAGAUGGCUACAGGAAGUAUUUUAAUCAAAUUGUAGGAUUUUUUGUGGUUGAAGAUCACAUUUUACAUACAACCCAGGGCUUAGUAAAUAGAGCAUACAUUGAUGAGCUGUGGGAAAUGGCACUUUCAAAAACCAUUGCAGCACUCCGUACUCACUCGUCUUACUGCUCUGAUCCAAACCUUGUGUUAGAUUUGAAGAACCUUAUUGUGCUGUUUGCUGACACGCUUCAGGUGUAUGGUUUUCCUGUAAAUCAACUUUUUGACAUGCUGUUAGAAAUAAGAGACCAAUAUAGUGAAACUCUGCUGAAGAAGUGGGCAGGUAUUUUCAGAAAUAUACUUGAUUCUGACAACUAUAGUCCCAUACCAGUAACAUGUGAAGAAAUGUACAAAAAGGUGGUAGGACAGUUCCCAUUCCAAGAUACAGAGUUGGAAAAGCAAUCGUUCCCAAAAAAGUUUCCUUUCUCUGAAUUUGUGCCUAAAGUUUACAACCAGAUUAAAGAAUUUAUUUAUGCCUGUCUGAAGUUUUCGGAAGAUCUUCAUCUAAGCUCCACUGAAGUUGAUGACAUGAUUCGUAAAUCCACAAACCUGCUGCUGACUAGGACUCUGAGCAACUCUCUACAAAAUGUGAUUAAAAGGAAGAAUAUUGGGCUUACUGAGCUUGUCCAGAUUAUUAUCAAUACAACCCACUUGGAGAAAUCCUGUAAAUAUUUGGAAGAAUUCAUCACCAAUAUCACUAAUGUGCUUCCAGAAACAGUCCACACCACAAAGCUCUAUGGUACUACAACUUUUAAGGAUGCUAGGCAUGCUGCUGAAGAAGAGAUUUAUACAAACUUAAAUCAGAAGAUUGACCAGUUUCUGCAGCUGGCAGACUACGACUGGAUGACAGGAGAUUUAGACAACAAAGCAAGUGAUUAUCUAGUAGACCUCAUUGCCUUUCUGCGUAGCACCUUUGCUGUUUUCACACACCUUCCUGGAAAGGUGGCCCAGACAGCAUGUAUGUCAGCUUGCAAGCAUUUAGCCACAUCCUUGAUGCAACUUUUGCUAGAAGCUGAAGUAAGGCAGCUCACCUUGGGAGCAUUACAGCAGUUCAACCUGGAUGUCAGAGAAUGUGAACAGUUUGCCAGAUCCGGCCCGGUGCCUGGGUUCCAGGAGGACACGCUGCAGUUGGCCUUCAUCGACUUGAGACAACUUUUGGAUCUCUUCAUUCAGUGGGACUGGUCAACCUACCUUGCUGACUACGGGCAGCCCAACUGCAAGUACCUCCGGGUAAACCCAGUAACAGCUCUGACCCUGCUUGAGAAGAUGAAGGAUACUAGCCGCAAGAAUAACAUGUUUGCACAGUUUCGGAAAAACGAGCGAGACAAGCAGAAAUUGAUUGACACUGUGGCCAAGCAGCUCCGAGGACUCAUCAGCAGCCACCACUCGUGAAGGCUGGCCUUGGACCCACAGAGGCUACUUGCUGCAGUCCUGCAGUUUAGGAUCCAGCACAGGCUGGUCCUGCUUUUGUGCAUUCUUCCUCAAAGAGAGCAUAUGUAUUUUUUUAUUAACCCCUGUACAGUAUUCACAUAACCUGUCCCUACAGUAAAAAGAGGCACAAGAAGAAGCAAGUACAUGAGAUGUUGCUAGUUAGUAACUCGGGGGAAAUUACUACUACACUAUCCGUAUUAUCCUAGGAAGGUGGCAUCAUCAAUCCCAGUGUGGUAAACCACCUCUCAUCUAUUCAUGGCUCUAGAGUUUAGGUCUGGGGCCCAAGAACUACACAAAGUGGAUGCUUGGCCCUGGGAGGAAAAGUGAGUAAGCAAAAGGAUAAUGAAGUAUAUCCUGUUUGUUCUUGGAUGCCCCAUUCACCACACAGAUGAGGCUGAUCUUUCUUGACACAAGAAAAGGGCCUGGCAAACGUUACUACUUAACACACUAAAGACAGCACACAGUUGUACAUCUGCUAUCUCCUGCAUCUGAAUAAGUAUAUGUAGCAAGAUGACAGCUUCACUCCAGUCCCCUCUGGAUGGCAGUUGCAUUUGCCCAGAUCUGAACCAGGGCUUUUACUGCUUAUUUUUCUGGGGCAGCAUAGAACUGAGUAGGCAGUGGUAAUUACCGGACCCCAUGAUGACCUGCAGGUUUCUUCCAUACUGGAAGUAUUGAGUCUCAGCCUAAGAAGUUUUUCUGAAUCUUGAAAGCCAUUUUGAAUCAGCACCUUGCCUCUUUUCCAUUCAUCUCAUUUUCUUCUUUGAUGGUCAGAGCACUUGAUUCAGGAAUCUCAGACUUGUCUCCUCCAACAACAUCACUGAGAUUGGUUGGAUCUCAUACAUCUGAAAAUGAUCCUCUACUCUUAGAUAAGACCUGAAGCUUGCUUGGGAUUAUCCAUAUUUUAAAAACAGCUUCCUGGCCACCAUCCUUAAAGGAAAUGUCACUGGCUAUGCACUGUGGAGGCACCUAUGGCUGGAAAAGAUGCCUCUAAGGAUGGAGCCAUCAUCACCAUGAAGUUAAGACAGGACCAACUAUGGCUAGUGGUUUGUUGCCACUGGCCCAACCAUUGUUUACUGAGUUAUUUCCUAGAUAUGAAGCUCUUCUUGAUCAGCCCCAAGGCUUCCAUCCUCUUCUGAGAUCACCAAAGCCAUCUUUCAGCCUCAUUUGAGAAUGAUUGCCUAUAAUUCUAUCCCCCAAACUCUGGAGUCUUUGCCAGCUUAGCUUAGAGGCUAUGCCCAGUAUUCCAUAAGGACCCCUAAAAUUUAAUUGAAGGACUUUGCUGUGAGGUCAGACUGAGGAACCUAUACUGUAAGACGCUUCUGAAAGAUGCUAUUGUUGCUACUGUUAAGAUUAUUUGCAUCAUCAAGCAGUGACAAAUAAGCCACACAGGCAUUUCCAGCUAGGACGCAUGGGAGGAAAGAUUCAUCAAACAGUUUUUUCACUACCUUUCUCAGCUACUGGGUUGUUUCUGGGGAGAGCACACUUCCCUUUUUUGUUUCCCAUCCCUGCCCUCAUCGUAUCCUACCACAUCUUGGAAACCAUGAGGAAGAGAAUAUGCACACAGUUGUACAGCCCUCCUCAAAGCUGAAAAGACCAGGCUGCAUGUGAGUUCUGCAGAAGCCUGACAAGGCUCAUCUUGAGGGAUAGCCAAUUUUAGAAUGAGGGUCAGGGAACAGCAGUGGCACCCAAAACUUGAUAAACCAAGGGAAGACAGGGGCCUAUUGGAAUAAGACCCAAGAUAGCAUCUCUAAGCCAUGGGUUUAGUUGGAAAGGGUGAGAAAUGAUUACACUAUCUGAAAUCUUAUUUCCUGAAAAGCAACCAAAAUACCCUUUCACUAAUAACAGUUUAAAGUAAGAUCUAUUCAACUUUCAGUGCCGGGACUUGGAAUGCAAUGGAAAGAUCUCAAGCAUGUUCACAACAUUGUCUUUUUAGAGUCAUUAUUGCUGAUCUGCUAUUCAGUCUCUACUCUGGAAAAAGUAUGCCAUAGAGGAAAAGGUGAACAGGGUAGAGGAAUAGGGGCUACUCUACCUUCGACAUGGAAGACCUGCUAAAGAUAAAUCUAACUCAAGAUUCAUAAGGAUGAACCCUUGGUGUAUCUGCUCUUCCCUCUUAGUCUGCCUGUAAUCUUCCCUAAGAAAACAAAAAACCAACAUGCUGCUUCUGAGUUGUAUGUAGAGACAUGCUUUUGGAGGACCAGGGAAGAUAAAAACAGGGACCAGCAAUGUUGAAGUUUUUUUAAUUGAUAAAGUAUGAAUUUUUUAGUUUUGUCUAUAACUGAAUUAACCCUUGAGAAGAUUUGUGAAAAGCAUGUGUGUCCACACACCCCUCUUGAUCCUCAGAUCUUGCCUCAAAUGUCUACAGACCUAUAAGUGCCCUGGAGGGUCUAUAGCAGGGUGAGAACAUGGGUGGCUGUCACCAUGAACCUAUGGCCAAGUUCCUGGGAAAACCAGGUCCAUGUUCCUGAGGAAUCUAGUUUAGGACCCUACUAGGUUUCAGCAGUAAUAGAGACAGCUUGCUUAGUUUUAACAUUCAUAGGAAGAUCUCUUUGAGGAGACUAUAUGAAGCUAUUGGGGUGGGGACAACGGGACCUGGACAUUGGGAACUAGUAGAGUCCCUGUUGGCAAAAGAAUGUACAACCUCCAGGGAGUGCUCCCCAGUGAUUAUAUUGCAUACCAGGCCUCACAGUCUCCCAGUCCUCAAAGUCAUCCUAGAUUCUCUGCAUAUUUACUCAGCAAGUCCCAGACCCAGGGGCACAUGACUUUCCUCUUCAGUCCUCUAAGCACCCUCUGUGACAGCUUCAGAAAUCCCCUUCCCUGAGCCUCCCUUCUCCCAGGACUCCUUUUUGUCUAUUUCCUUUGCCUCUAUUUCUCUCUUGCUCUCUUUUCUUUCCUUUCUCCCACUUUUCCUUCCUCCCUCCUUUCCUUCCUUCCGGGU